AUGUUGGAUCUGAAGAGCAGCAUACUGCAGAAGUUGGCCUCGGGUGGCACAAAGUGGGUGAAGAAGCUGUUCUACAAGAUCCCUAUUGCGUUCUGGUGCAUCCGCUCCAAACCCCCAGUCCACCACGAUGGGGGUGCCUCCACCUCGAUACCCGUCGUUGCACCUGAGUGUUUGUUGGAGUAUCGGCCAGCCGGUCCAGUUGGGGCAUUCACCUCAACUCAUCCAUCUCCAGAUGUAGGACAUGAAGGGGAACCGGAUCGGGUGGAAAAUGCUAUGCUAGAGAAUGAUUCCGACGAAGAGCCUACUGACAUUGGAGGGGACAGCGAUGAUGAAAUUCCGACAAACCCUGCAACAUGUCAACCACCGUUAAGUGCCGGCACACAUGAGCAACCUGCACAUUAUUCUACCCUGGAUCUGGGAGCCAUCAACCAACCGGCGGUAUCAGCACCAACCUUUGGGGGUCAAGGCUUGCACGAGAAAAAUUCUGUAGCUGAAUUUCAAGUUGGCCAAUCUUUCCAUAGUAAGGAGGAAGCUAUGCUUACUGUAAAGGAUUACAGCAUUCGGCGCGGUGUUGAGUAUAGAGUGAUGGAGUCAGAUCAUCUUAAGUACCAUGGGAGAUGCAAGGAGUUUGGGAAGGGUUGCACAUAG